AUGGCUGAAGUCGCAGAGAACGGUCCUGUGCCGGUGAACGACGAGAACACCGCUCCUGGCGCCGCUACCGAAGAAAAGGAGCAGACCGAGAAGACCGAGCAGACAAAUGGCGAUGCGGUCACAGUAUUCCAUGACCCCGAAAAUUUCAACGUGAAGCAUCCGCUCAUGCACGAAUGGACUCUCUGGUUCACGAAGCCCCCCAGUGGCAAGGGCGACAACUGGAACGAUCUGUUGAAGGAGGUCGUGACUUUCAACUCGGUUGAGGAAUUUUGGGGUAUCUACAACAAUAUCACACCGACUUCUGAACUGGGUCUCAAGGCAGACUACCAUCUCUUCAAAAAGGGCAUCAGACCAGAGUGGGAAGACCCCCAGAACAAGCACGGUGGCAAGUGGUCAUACUCGUUCAAAGACAAGCGCUCCGUACCGAUUGAUGAUCUUUGGCUUCACGCUCAACUGGCAGCUAUCGGCGAGACUCUUGAGAACGAUGGCGACAACGAGGUUAUGGGUGUGGUCGUGAACGUGCGUAAGGGAUUUUACCGUGUUGGUCUGUGGACACGGACGGUGGGCAAGAGCAUUCCCGGCGACAAGAACGGCCGGACACCCGCUCAAGGGAAGGAGAUUCUCGAAAACAUUGGUCGGCGCUUCAAGGAGGUGCUACGCCUGAAGGAAGCCGAUGUCGUUGAGUUCUCGGGGCACACGGACAGCGCACACAGCGGUAGCACUAGAGCCAAGGCCAAGUACACCGUUUAA